AUGUGAACGCGGCCUUACGCUCAGCCCCCUGGAUUCACAGUUUUCGGGCGAUAAUAAUUGGCGUUCUCCGGCGCUCGCUGACGUCUUUAUCUUUUAUGAGUAAUAAAUAUGUUUGCGUUGCGGUUUAGAUGGGAAGCGACAUUUUUAUGGACACCUAGAAACGUGCGCCUGUGUUUACCCUCUCUAUGGACGUGCGCCAUUUUCUUCAUGUUACCAUAUAUUGCUACAUCAAACAGCCGGAGCCGCUAUACGGGAGCGCUCAGCUAUACAGGGGUUAAUCAUUAAUCCGCCGCAUCUUCUGCUUCAUUACUCCUGGUGAAUCCAUUGGGAAUCCUCAUUGUGUCUCCUCCUUCCUUACCUGAAGGGAGAGUGUUCUCAGACCCCGUUAUGUCGUAGUCGCUGACCAUCGGAGGGAUGGCGUCAGAUGUGCCUCAGAAUGUGUCAUCCAGUUAUAAGAGCCAGGAGCAGCUGAUCAUCCUCCUGUCCAGCCCGCUCUCGGCCUUCAUCAUCCUUUCCAACCUUUUCAUCAUCAUUGGGAUCGUCUUUAAUAAGAAGUUACACAACACGGCGCAUUUCUUCUUCCUCAGCCUGCUGUUUGCCGACUUCUUCACGGGGGUCCUCCUGCCCUGUAUCCCCCGCAUGAAGUUCACCAAGGACCUGGGUUACUUUGGUUGUUUCCUGGUCUUCAUUUCUCCCAAUUUCUUCUUCCUCUCAUUCCUGGCCAACCUGCUGAUGGUUCACUAUGAGAAGUACUUGUGCAUCAUCUACCCCCUGCACUAUCGGGAGAGUUGGCUCCACCGCUGUGUCCCUCUGUCGCUCUUCCUGGUCUGGACUCUGCCCCUCUUGUUUUCUUGUCUCCCGUUGCUCGGUUGGAAUAAUUGGAGACAUAACCAGACGUGCUCCUAUAAGCAGGUGUUCCCCAAUGCGUACAUCUACCUGGAGACCUAUGGGGUGGUCAUCCCAGCCAUCUUGGCCAUGAGCUUCAUCACCAUCAAACUGCUGUCCGUGGCCAGGAAGCAGCUAAAGGAAAUCAAGAAGCUCCAUCGCUCGGUGCAGCGGGACGUGGUGACGGAGAUCGAGCGCCAGAUGGACCUAAGAUACGCCAAAUGCAUUGCGGUCUUCUCCUUGACGUUCCUCAUCUGUUGGGUUCCUUACAUCGCCCUCCUUCAGGUCUCUGUGCUGGUCAUAGAGAGAUACGAGAUCAGUAUCUGGAUCGUCCUGACCCUCACGUGUGUGGGGAGCGGCAGCGCCGCCAUCGUCCCGGUUAUUUUGGGAUUAAGCCACCGGCAAUACACCAAACUGUGGAGGAACCUGUGCAGGAAAUACUGUGGGUGCUGCCCCCGAGGAGGCCCAGCAAGUGACCACCAUGAUAUGAAGAGCAAGGCUGAGACCGUGGAAGAUGAACUAACUGCAGUAAAAUGACGAAUUGGCCCCAAACACCAGCUCGGGCUUCAUAGUGGUGACACUUUAUUUAAUGGGUUUCAGAGUUGUCGCUAUUCAGUGGCGAAGGUUCUGCCCCCAAUAUCUGUUACUAUGAAUUGUAAUUAAAGGGGUCCUCCAUAGUUCA